CCGCGCCACAAAUCAAGGCAGAUAUAGAAACUCUCUCUCUCUCUCAAGUCUCAACUUCCAAAGCUCCAAAUGUGAUGCUCUCCCCUCCCGUCCACCACUGACUUGUGCUAGGGUUUGGGUUUUCUCUGCAACUCUAAUUAGCAAAAGAUGGAAGCAGAGGACGAGUACAGAAGGAAGGCCCGCGUGGCAUUGGUGGUCAUUGUGGUCCUCGCUUCCCUCGCCGUCGCUUCAUUACUCGUCGCCUUUAGCUACUACUGCUACAUCCGCAACAAGGUAGCCAAGCACCUCAACAACAACAACAAGGGGGCUGACUUGGAGGCCAAAGGUGGUUUUCCAAAUCCGAAAACAGCUGCCAGUGACGGAGUUCAGGUCUUCACGUUUAAGCAACUACAUUCGGCGACUGGGGGUUUCAGCAAAUCGAAUGUGGUUGGGAAAGGCGGAUUCGGGUUGGUGUACCGUGGGGUGCUGCAUAAUGGGAGGAAAGUUGCAAUUAAGUUUAUGGACCAAGCAGGAAAGCAGGGAGAAGAAGAGUUUGAAAUGGAGGUGGAGUUGCUAAGUCGGUUGCGUUCUCCAUAUUUGCUUUCGUUGCUUGGGUAUUGUUCAGAUAACAGUCGUAAGCUGUUGGUGUAUGAGUUUAUGGCAAAUGGUGGAUUGCAGGAACAUUUGUAUCCUGUCAGUGGUGGUCCUAAUGCCCUCUCCACAAACUUAGACUGGGAAACCCGGUUGAGAAUAGCUCUUGAAGCUGCGAAAGGUUUGGAGUAUCUCCAUGAACAAGUUAGUCCUCCAGUGAUACACAGAGAUUUUAAGAGCAGCAACAUUCUCUUGGACAAAACAUUCCAUGCCAAAGUUUCUGAUUUCGGAUUGGCCAAACUUGGAUCUGACAAAGCUGGAGGUUAUGUUUCCACCAGAGUGUUGGGCACACAGGGAUAUGUUGCCCCUGAGUAUGCAUUAACAGGGCAUCUGACAACUAAAUCAGAUGUGUACAGUUAUGGGGUUGUGCUGUUGGAAUUGCUAACAGGCAGAGUUCCAGUUGAUAUGAAGAGAUCCCCUGGAGAAGGUGUUCUCGUUUCUUGGGCUUUGCCGCAUCUGACAGAUAGGGAGCAGGUUGUACAGAUCAUGGAUCCUGCAUUGGAGGGUCAAUACUCGAUGAAGGAGGUCAUUCAGGUGGCAGCAAUUGCUGCUAUGUGUGUGCAACCAGAGGCAGAUUAUAGGCCACUGAUGGCAGAUGUUGUACAGUCACUCGUUCCGCUCGUGAAGAUUCACAGAUCAACCUCGAAGGUAGGCAGAUGUUCUAGUUUGCAUGCAACAAAGUCACCUGCACAGAAUUCGGGUUAAGCAAGACGGAUGAAACUUAUUGAAGACAAGCUGAAGAGCAGAAAUUUUUUUCACAAGCUUCCUUGGGUAUCAUAGAGUUUAGUGUAAGUUCUGAGUUCAUUUGCAGUCCAUUAGGGUGUUGUAGUCUCCGUUCAUUAGAUUAGAGAGGAACCUAAAUCAAUAUGUAAUGUGAUCUGAAUUAUGUAGUAAUUGGAAACAAGUCAUCUAAUUAAUAGGUUUUGUGAUGAACUAGUUAUGGUCGAUAAUUCAAUAUGCCAAUGCUUGCCUAAUCAGGAAAGUAAAUACUAUCAAAUUAUUGACUCUGCAGCUUAAUUAGUAAUGGUCUACCGAAAUGUGUUUCUCA